AUGGGCUGCGCAAUUUCGGGUCUGGAAGCAAAAGCGGACUUUGGAGAGAGAAACAGAGAAGAUGCUGCUGCGCCACCUAGCGACCAUCAGAUUGACAUCAUCAAAGAAUCUUGGAACGUUAUCAGAGAGGACAUCGCUAAAGUUGGAAUUAUUAUGUUCGUCAGGUUGUUUGAGACCCAUCCUGAAUGCAAGGACGUCUUCUUCCUGUUUCGAGAUGUGGAGGACCUGGAGAAGCUACGGAGCAGUCGCGAACUCAGAGCUCACGGCCUACGCGUGAUGUCUUUUAUCGAGAAGAGUGUGGCUCGACUGGACCAGCGGGACAGGCUGGAUGCUCUGGCUCUGGAGCUGGGAAGAAGCCAUUAUCAUUACAACGCCUCACCGAAGUACUACAGUUAUGUAGGUGCAGAAUUUCUGUGUGCUGUGCAGCCCAUCCUGAAGGACAGAUGGACAUCUGAGCUGGAGGAGGCCUGGAAGACCAUGUUCCAGUAUGUGAGCAUCCUCAUGAGGCAGGGAUACCAGGAGGAGCACGAUCAACAGCGCCACCUAGCUGCAUCGCCGAAGGACACGCCCGACAAGAAGAACACGGCACUUUGAAACAAGUCUUUGCCAAAACUGUUCACACAAACACAAAAACAUGUUUUUCUUCAUUGUUUGCAAUCUCAUUUUUUUCACAUAUUUAUUACCAAAGUAGACCAAAAGAAGUCAUUAAACUCAUUUAUUUCUGAGUAUAAAUUUUACUGUAAUCAUCCUGAUGAGGUCAGAACAUCUUAACAUAUUCACAAUCUGCCUUGUGAUUAAAAUUUCAUCACACAAACAUGACAAAAUCAACAAGAAUCAAUACCUAAUUACUGUAUUUUCUGGAGUAUAUGUCACUUUUUUGUGACUAGUUUGGGAGGUCCUGCAACUGAUAUUCUGGUGGCACUUAUAUACUGAAAAAUCAUGCAUUCAUUAUUAAUAUAGUAAUUGUAAUAAUUAUUUAUACAGGACUUUGACAGGAAUGAAAACAAAAUGAACUCCAGUAAUAAAAGAGUAAAUGUCAGAAAUAGCGGCCCGAUACUUUUGGAGGGCACCGUAUUUGUUUUUGUUGCUUUUUGCUUAUUUUGGAUAAUCACAAAAUUUAUGUUUGAAUAUGACAUUUUAUUGUAAAGAUCUAAUUUAUAUUAAGUUGAUAAAUUUGAAAAUAAAUUCACUUUUGGCAGUGUUCAAGUUUCCUGUUUUAAAUUAAUUGAUUUGAAUUCAUUGAUGACUGUCAGUCAGGUUGACCAACAAGAUCCAAGUAUUACCCAGAAUCCUUUGAGAACAACUGACGCGACAAAGAUCAUCUUUAUGUUCUGUAAUUAUGUGUUCAUCAGGUUUCUCACUGAUUAUUCUAUGGACAGCAGUGCCGCUGGAUGGCUAGGAGGCUAAGCUAAGCAGCUAACUAUCUGACUGACCGUUUUAAAAAGUUUAGUAAAGUGAACGUGGCUAUGUUUCCCUGCGCCUCCUCACACAUCCAGCUCCAUUUUUGCCUGGUCGGUGGUGAUAAGAUGCACUUUACGGUCAGCGUUUUAGCUAGUCCCAUGCAGUCACGUUGUGUAGCCAGUUACUCACUCACUCAUCUUCAACCACUUAGUUCAAUUAAGGCUUGCGGGGGGUGGAGUCUAUCACAGCAGUCACGGGGCGUGAAGCGGACAGGACGCCAGUCUGUGUCAGGUCCACAUACAGACAAACACAUUCACGGACAAUUUAAACCUGCGUGUCUUUGGAAGGAAGGAAGCCGGAGCACCCCAAAGCUCUCAAGUUGAGAUAUAGGUUCAAGAAGUUAUUUUCUGUCGAAACUUGUCUUGCAGGGUCAUAGCGGUGAAAUGUUUCAGAAUGUCAUGCAUUCACAUGAGACAACAUGUUGAGUAUCAUGCUGAAUGCAUGAGACCCGACAGGGCCACUUUUAAGCGCGAGUCUCACUCCAAAUGACUGAGACUUGAGGGCUCUGGCACCCGGAGGGAACCCACACAAACACAGGGAGAACACGCCAACUCCACACAAAAAGGCCACAGGUUGGAAUCGAACCUGUGACCUUAUCACUGCAAGGCAAGUGUUAACCACUCUUCCACCGUGCCGCCCUAUAGCCAGUUAGUGCGUUCUAAAACAUUACUGCACCCACUAAAAUUGUUUUUGUCCUCAGUGAAACACUGAACCACACAGCUUAUAAAAACAGUGCAGGUUCACUUUCCCCCUGAAGACCAGCACUUUUUGGUUUGACCUUUUAUUUCAGUACUGAAGUUGUGGAUGAUCCAAAUUGUAGAUUUGCGUGUGGCACUCUAAAAAUAUGCACAGGUUGUAGUCCACUUACACACAUCAUCUGUCACAUGGUCAAAGGAGGACAACAUGGCAUCUGGCGGCUUCUGUUUUCACGGGUCAACAAGUCAUCUGGAGUUUCUGUUUAUGUACAAGCCGCACCUUCUUGAAAUGGUCUCUGGUUUCCACCAGAGGGAGCCAGAGUAAUUUAAAAAAUAUUUUAGCAUCUGAUUUAAUGAAUGAUUAUAGUUGUGUUAUUAUAAACAGCAAAAAUGAUCAAUAUAAGAUUCAACCCUCAAUGAUUUGUUCUUAAUGACAAAUUGACACUAUGUUACUGUUAAUUUAAAAGAAAAGUCUGUGCAGUCACUUUCCUUACAUUUUUAAGUUUUCUAAACUUUGUUUUUAGCAUUAUGAUUCAGGAACACAAACCCUUUGUCAAAGACAAAUAUUAAUUCUGUGAAUAAAUAGGAUAAUAAAUAGGGCCAGAACAUCAAUUUAUUUUCUCUACCCGCUUACUCCAGCCAAGGGUCACGUGGCGGGCUGGAGCCUAUCCCAGCAGUCACGGGGUGUGAGGCGGGUUCACCCUGGACAGGACACCAGUCUGUCUUAGGUCCACAUACAAACACGUUCACACCUACAGACAGUUUAAAGUUUGCAGUCCAUCUAACCUGCAUGUGUUUGGAUGUGGGAGGAAGCCGGAGGGAACCCACACAAACAUGGGGAGAACACACAAAAUAUAUUUUGCCAUUUAGGUGUUUUUUUCUGAUUUAAUAAGAUAUUAUUUCUCAGUGUAUCAAAAGUCUUGCUGACAAAUUUGCUUUUUAAUUAAAAUUUCCAAUUAUUAAAUUGUAGUUCUGCAUUUUUAUUAUAUAUAUAUCAAAACUAUAAAACCAAUUUGAAUUUACUUGAAGAUAAAUUGCAUGUUUUCUUUGACAUUAAAUGAAACUGCAUUUUUUCAAAGUGGAUGAAUAUUAUUCAACUCAAAAAGAAAAAAAAUCACAAUGUUUUACAGUCUGGAAAAAAAAACCCCACUUGUAAUGAAGCCUGGCUUCAUGAAAUCUUACCAAAGUAAAUCAUACACUUUAAGCAUUAUUAAAUGUAAAGACACAUUUGCAGCAAAAUCCAGCCUACAUUGACAUUUAUAAAUUCAAAACCUGCAUAUAAAAUGAACACAGUGAUAUUAAAAAAACUGUACAAUUGACACUUUUUUAAAUAAUUUUUUUUACAAGCAAAUAUGAUGUUAUGGUGACAAAUGACUGGGACACACAAUAAAUGCUUCAGACUUAAACUGUUGUAAUUGUAAACCUAAUAUGUUUGGAGGUUGUCAUUAAAUUGGGGUUAAAAAAAACUCUGCUUUUUAAAGGUUACGGUCAAAUGGUAAAACCUUUCCCCUGCAAUCAAAUUUUGACUGCUGACAAAGUAACACUGAAAAACACAAUUGUUGGAUCAACUCAAAAAAGUGCUUCAGUUGUUGACAAUCAAAUUAAUUAAGUUGAUCCAAAGUAAUAUUUGUGCCCACCGUGUUAAUUUAAAUAAACCAAAUGAAGGAAAUUAUUUUGGUUUUCCUCUUUUUUUUUUUUUUUUUUUUUUUUUUUUUUUUUUUUUUUUUUUUUUUUUUUUUUUUUAUUUAGUCCCAGUCAGCGAGCGGCCUCGCUACAAGCAAGUGCAAAUUUAAUUUUACAGUUUCAGCAGUUCAAAUUGUUGGUCAAAUUUGUAUUUUCUUGCCAAUGAUCCAGAUGAAUGUUUUUUUUUUUUUUUUUUGCAUAUUGUUAAGAUUUUUAUUUCAUUAACUGGGCAAUAAAAAUAGAACACCUAACAAGCAAACUAAUUCUAACUCAAACUAAGUCGUGCUUGAAGGUUUAUUUACAUCACUAAUGGAAACAAAAACAUAUAAAAGGUGCACAAUUAUAGUAAACAGUUAAAAUACUUUAGAUCAGUUGGAAAAACAGAAAAGCUCUUGAAUUAUUUGUGUGAGUUUAGGUUCAAAUUGUUAAAGAAAGAACACCCUUUAAACAUAAAAAACAAUAUUCAUCUUCAAUUAUUUUACACCAACAGACACAGCCAGGUUCACUAUGUCCAUGUACAUCACAAUACAACACAAAUGACCAAAAAACUCACACGACUGCAUAUGUACACCAGAGAACAAAGUGACAGGAUGUUUAAUAAUCUGCACUGGAUUAAAGGCGGCACUGAAAAAGAGUCGUUGGACCAACCUCAAAACACAAGUUCUUCCAAAUCAGCUUGAGUAAUACUUACACCACACUGGAAGCAUAAUUUGGACAAACCUAAAUAUCUGUAAUGAAGUUCUUUAAGUUGGUCCAACAAUUCUUUUGUUGUUGUUGUUUUCUCUCUGUGGUGUCCGGCGAGUUUAUCUGAUAUCAAACUGGGUGUCUUUGCUCUCACUGUUCGUCUUU